UGUGUGUGUGAACCUUCCUUUCUUUUGCGCAGGCGCGAAAAAUGUCAGUUAUUCUCAUAGAAACAACUCGCAGCUCCUCAAACAACAAUGGAGACGUUAGGAGAAGGCGAAGAUGGAGCAACUGUUAACAGAGAGUUGGAGUCAUGGCACCAGCUCCCUGUUGAAGAGGAUCCUAGUCAGUUUCUGGGACAAACAUCAGGCUUGCUGGAAGCUGAUGGUCUGCAAGGGAUCACACUUAACUCUGAAGGACAAAUGGCCGUCAUAGGAGACUCAGGCGUGCAGCCAGCAGCUGACAAAUUUGAAUCUUUACAGCUAGAACUGCAAGAUAGCUGUUUAUCUCCUGCACUGACUCUGAUUCCUCAGGGGAAGUCCUUCCUACCUUCGGAGUCCACGCUCCUCCAUCAGACAGAUUUAGAGUUUGUCCCCCUGAGGGGGUCUCCUGAUCUAUCCAUUGCGUCUGAGAGGUGCCCUCAGAUGUCACGUCUAGAUGUGGAUGGAGAGUUCAACCUCACACACAGAUCCCAUGAACAUCCAUCACUAUCACAGCAUCAUCUGGGGAUGAUGUCUGCCAUUUUAGAGGAUGCUAGUAGCUGCUGCUCUCUAUCACAGCACAGCCUGUCACCUAGUAGCACUUACCAGGCAGCACAGAUUCAUGAUAAGGAACACAGUAGUGGCCUGGAGAGCAAUGAUGAAUGGCAGAAGGAGGGAGAGGAAAAAUUUGAUGCUAAUUUGGAUAGAAGAGGGACUGCAUGUGGUUUAAGCAGCAGUGUCCCUGUUCACUCCUCUCAGAAACUUCUGAAAACGGAUCUAGGUGUAGCCAGUAGCAGUGCAGUCCCCUCUUCCUCUGAGACUGUUCUCAGUCAGACGGAUGCUGUCCUAAGAUCAAUAGACACCCCUGAGAGCCAGAUUAAACACUCUGGUCUUGCCCAGAAACAGGAUCCUGCAUGUACCUCUACAAAGGAACCCCAGUUCAGACCAUCUGAGAGUAGAGAGCAGCCACAAGGUGGCUCUUCUUCUUUAUUAUCACAAAGAAGAACUAUGGAGAGAGGCAGUGUGUCACUUUCCUCUCGUUUAUCUGCCAUCUCAAAUAUUACAGUUCGCUCCAAAGUCAAGCAAACAGAUGACACCACUGACCUUCCCCUCAGGCAGCUUCAGCUCCACAGUGAUUCCUCAUUAUCUGCAUCAGGAGGUAGAAAUCAAACUGAGAACAAAAACACUCCAGCUGGACAGAAUAUCACUCCGGCCAGUGAAGGUGGUGUACAUAUGGCAGGGCUACAGAGAGCACUCUGGAGCUCAGGCAGCCAACAAGCAGCAGAUGGUUCCUUUUUGACCUCUCAGCCUGUGUUUCAGUCUACACCUGCAGUGCUCCUUGGUAGAGGAGCACAAGCCCCAGCCAAACUCUCUCCUGUAUAUUCCCAUCAAGACACAGUGGCCACAUCAACCCAAAACAGCAGCCCUAAACCAGACGACAUACCAGCAUUAACCCUAAGUACCACAAGCCAUCAGAGUGUUGCUGGAGUUACACUUGCCACUUCUUUGGACCCAGGUGAGGUUCAUACAGAGUCACACCUUCAGCAUGAGAUACCUCAUAGCCAAGAGGCCCCUUCUCCGGGAUUAGAUGUGCCUGUCAUUGCAUGUGAGAACAGACCCCUUGAUCAACCUACUUUAGCCACACUCCUGCACACAUCUGACCAACAGCUCAAAGAUCAGGAGCCUAGGCUGUCUGCAGGAAGAGUGCAUUCUCUACCCAGCCUCAGUUAUGUGCAGAAAGUUGAUGCUUGGAAGGCCAAUCAGAAUUCCAGCAGGUCAUUUUAUGACAAUUUGUCUCUGCAAGGGUUUGAUGGUGUACCUCCUAAGAGGAAAGAACAGGACUCUGUGUCUGAGGCAAUAAAACAUCAAAGCCAACAUCAUCCCAACAAGACAUGUGCAGUAUUUAGUGCCAAUAGCAGCACUCCACCCACUCAGACAGGUAGCGGUGUGCUGUCGUGUGCGGAUGUGGAAGAGGCAGGAGGAGCUGUAGGAUCCACCUCACCAUCACCAUUUACUCAGUCCCAUUCCCACUCGUCUCUUGGAACAGUCAUCACCCCCAUCCAGCAAGAUGAACUGCAACAAAAUCAAAAUCAGCUUCCGCUUGUAUGCACUGAUUCCAUCUCUCCAGGCUUCAUCUCCACUGCAGCUGAAUCGUCACUGUCCUCAAGUGGAACCAAUGACCAGAGGCCAGCUGAUGACGCAGGAACUGGCCCUGUAAAGACCCCUGCUUUGCUUAGUGUGGAUCAGUACAGUGGCGUGAGCUUAAAUACCAACAGGAGCAACCCAGUUUCCAGUUUUCCAGGAGGUUGUCAUGUUGAACAGAGUUUUCAGGCAUCAUUAGGUGCAGCCUCCUCUGUCGUAAGUCUUGAAGUGGACAACUAUGCACCUUAUUGGACCGCCGGACCUGAAUCCCCCCCACGUCACCCUGAGUUUAACAUCGAAGACAGAAUCCCUCUCUACCUUCACAAUUUGGGGAUUGAUCAGUCACCUUCAACAAUCUUAAAUCCCUUUACACACCGUGGACCCAUUAGAGAGCCUGAAUUUUCUCCUACUGAUUUGUGUACCAUUAAAGGCUCAGUAGGAACACCCAACAAGAGCAUACAACAAUCUGAUGGUGACAGUCUUCAGAAGGAGACAUGCUCCAGUUCCAGUGUGCUCUCUGCAGAUUCCAGUGCUUCUUUAACACAGUUAUUUAUUCAGAAGCCCAUUCAGUUGCCAGCCAGACCAGCUAGUUCAGGCAGUAUAAGAAUGGCACACUUUCAGACAGGCACUUCACCUGAGCACCAUACUCCAUCAUGCAGUGUUCCUCAAGGAGCUGACACUUCUCAUCGAGAGGGCAGUUACGGCCUGCCAGCUCAGGUGAGCCUGGAGUGUGCACCUGCUCCUGGGACCUGGGAUGGUGUUAAAGAAGGGGACUCCUCUCUGGUGGGUUCUGGAACCCUGCAGGAGAUCAGGCGUUUGCUUGGUCAUGCAGAGAGCAUUGUGUCUGGUCAUUUCUCUGUGGCCUCCACCCCUGGCUCACAAUGUUAUGCAGAGAGCGAUGCCCCAUUUUUGUCACUGAAACAGAACACACAAGCAUAUCAUGAUGACUCUUUUUUGUCAGUUGAUGGAAAGAUUUCUUUGGUACUAGCUCACUCUUCUUCAGACUCUGGCCUGAAGGACAGCUCCUCAUCCUCAUCAGGGCCUCUAGAGCAGUCUUCAAAGUCUGAUCACAUGAGCAAAGGACCUUCAACAUCCUCUCAGGGCAGGGAGGAAAAUCCAAAGUCACGUGACUUUUGUGUGGCUCCAAGGAGAGCAGAGCCUGAGGGAUGCAGUGCAGCAGACCCAGACAGGGUAGGCCCUGUGAGUCUGUUGAUUACACAGGGGCACACUUCCUCAAUAUCAGAUAGCCAGCAGCAAAGCCAGGACCAUACAGAGAAUUCUGGCAUCAGUUCAUCUAAGAUAAGUCCCACCCACAGUCAAACAGAGGCAGAAAUGGGUGUUUUAAGUGAUGCCAGCAGUGAGCAUUCACUGGCUUCCAGGGUUGCUAAGCUUCUGCAGAGCGAGUCGUCUGCUUCUGUGGUUACCAGCCGGUCAAGUACUGCUGAUCCUGAAGAGAGCCAUGCUAGAGAAUGGAUCAUGAUGAAGGUGUCUGGUGGCAAGUGUCAAGCCUUAGAACUUAAUGCAGAGGACAGAAGGAGAAUCGAGGAGAUCAAAAGAGAGCUGCUGCUACACACUAAACACACCAAGUCAAGCUCAGAUUCAGAAAGCAGUACCCAGUCCAGUGUUGGCGCUGUCCCCCAGCCUGCUGUAGGCUUUGCAGCAAUGCGCAGUGCAGAAGACCGUCUCUCUGAGCAGCUGCAGAGAGUCAGUCGGAUUCCACUUGACUCUUUUCCACUGCACACACCACUGGAGGAUGGAGUAAGUCAGAUUGCCAUCAAGGAAGCGCCUCAGCACACACCCUCUCCUCAGUCAGCGAGGCAUUGCUUGCAUACGCACAACAGCCUUGCUGCACACAAUGACACUGCACUAGAAAGCAACUCGUACACAACCCUGAGAUCAUCUGAGGAGUGGAAACUACAGACUCAAAUGACAAAUAGCACAACAAAGAAUGAAGCGGGGAAGGGGACAGUGGGAAAGGACAAAGAGGUGAGAGAUGAAAAUGAACACCCAGAAAGUGAGAGAAAUGACCCAUUAUCAAUCCCAGAGGCACCUCAGCCUGUCCUCAGAGGAAAACGAGAGUUCCCUCCAGGCUUGGAGUCGGGUUCAUCCCUUGAUCAUAAACCUCACUUGUCCAAUAGCCACCUCACACCUUCAGUGAAAUUACAGCAAAACACCAUCCAGAGACCUCACACUCCUGCUGGUGAAUCCUGCAGUUACCCAGAGCUGCGGAAUGGAUCACAGACACAUCACUCAGACAGUCCAAACACCUCAAGAGAAGUCCCACUUCCAGUCUCCAGCACCACUGAAGAACAGCAAGCUUCUGUAUCCAGUGAGACCAGCUUAAGUACAGACAGAAAUGAAGACCAGGGUCAGAACACAGGAAUGGUUAGUGGAUAUUCACAGAUGACCUCCAGAUACCCACAAGCCUUUACUCCUUCCCAAAGACUGGCUGGUCCAAGUAGAUCUUUAUUAAUUAACACAGCUGCUAUUCCAACUUUAUUGCCAUAUAAACCUCACGGAAGUUCAGAGCUCUUCUAUAUGCCACAGUCUGUCCCUGAGAUCUCCCCUAAUCGCUCUGAUACCACAGUGGAGAGCUCCCAUCCAGGAUCUGAUGACGCUGUGCCCCCUCAGUUUACCCCUGAGGUUUUGGGAUCCAGAGAGCUUGUGGACAAGAACGUUACACCAAAACAUAAGGAGGGCAUUUACAGCAAGAGGGCCAAAAUGAAAAGAGAAUCCACUCUGUUUGGAAAAGGCUUUCAUGACCCAGGAGGCAAUACUGGUCCUCCCUAUCAGCUUACUGGUUUCAGUAGGUCUGAUGUCCCAGAGAAUGAACAGGUAGCUGAGCAAAUUGAAGAGGGGGAAGUAUUUAUCCCCCUGCACAUGGAGGCUGACUACAGCACAACUGAACUACAUCCUAACCACAGUGUACAAAAGCAUAAUUUGGGAACAGAAACUCUGCCUUUACUUACUAAGGCCAUUAGGCAGAAGGAGCAGGACAUGAAGGCUCACGACCUUGGUGCAGAGAUUGGCAGCUCUCUGGACCAACUGUGGCGUCGUUUCAAUGAGCGAUGCAGCCUUCAGGAGACUCGAGCCGCUAAUGACGUAGAAAUAUCACUGCUGGAGAGACUGGAACGCCUGUCCCGCCUCCUACACAGCUCCUCCCUGCCACACACAUCUAAACAGGCACACAGUAGAGAGGAGAAGGGCAAGAGUAGGAGGAGGGAACAUGAGCCAAGGAGAACACAGGGAAAAGACACAACCAAAAAGGGAAAAGAGAGAAGUGAAGUGAGAAGUGUUCCAAAAACAGCAUGGGAAAAGGAGUCUUUAAGUACCAACCAGAAAUUAGUAGAGAAGGAGCAGCAAGAAACAGACUAUCGCUGUCCUGCAGAGAGAGACGAGUCUGCCAGUGUUUCUGUGGAGACGAGCAGCAGCCAGUCUACCAUCGACACACAGCGCUUGAUCAGAGCUUUCGGACCACAUAGAGUUAGCAGUGGGAGAGAAAGGGUGGCUGGAAGUCAGACACUAAAGCCCAGUGAUGGCCUACUGAAACUUUAUAACACCAUUAAGAAGCAGAAAAGAGGACAUGGCAAAAGUAGCUCUGAAAAUCACCCUGUUUCUGUUGCCACAGAAAUAAGUAACACAGAUGACUCCAUGGCCUCAGACACAUUAUCAUCCUCAAGUACUUAUACACUGCCCUCCCAAAGAGGCACUGGACGCACCACUAGUUCUAAGAGGGCAAAGGUCAAACUGGUCAGCAGAAGCAUACAAGCAGGUGAUCUGGAGAUUGUGGUAAAUGGCACCCGCCGAGACACCCGGGAUGUCGGCACUACCUUCCCUUCUCCAUGUAGUGCCAGAAUCACCAGGACAUCUUCGGCAGCCUGCAGUGAGCUAAAGGCCAGUAUGUCUGCUCUCAGAGCUUCCAGUGCUGCUCCUGUUCAAUCCCAGCCAGUGCUGAGGAGACAGGCUCUCAACAAACAAACCUGCUACCCAAAUGGUUUAUCAUGGUUUGUUUCUGCUGAUGAACUGAAAUGGGAUGCGCGGAAGGAGAAUAAGCCCCAAACAGAUGCAGGGCAGACUGAAGGCCAAGCCUGGUUCCAGCCCUACACCAGGACGCAGCCAUGGAGAGAGCCGCUUAGAGAAAGACACAUUCAAGCUGAAAGAGAGGAGCCCCCUGAGCAAAAAACACAUUCAGAGAGUGAUGGCAGCAGCAAAUCCUCUGCCCUGGUCCGUCUCUCCCUGCAGGAGGCGCUGGAGUUGCAUCGACCAGAGUUUGUGUCCCGUUCUCGGGAGAGAAUGAAAAGGCUGUGUCUGCUGGUGGAGGAUAGAAAGAUGCAAGCCGUCUUCAACAAAGAAAGAGAGGAUCUUUUCAACCGCCCUUCAACUGUGAAGCAGCCAAAAGCAGCACCAGCUCCUCCACCUCUUCCCUCUAAGCGAAUUAUUCCCAUAAGUGAGAUGAUCCAGAGAUCCAAGCGGAUCUAUGCUCAACUCCCAGAGGUUCAGAAGAGGAAGGAGGAAGAAAGGAAGAAAGCGGAGUACAACACUUACCGCCUUAAUGCUCAGCUAUUUAACAAGAAAGUCACUAACCGUGUGCUGGGAAGAAGAGCACCUUGGCAGUAGUUUGAAGAAAUAUCAACCCAAGCGUUAUACUGAAGAGCUGAUUUAGAGUUGAUUCUGUUCUUAAUGUGUGUUUGUGUCUGUGUGUUUGUGUCUGUGUUGAUAUGAGUGUAGAAGACAGGUGGUGGUGGCGUUGAGUGUGUGAUCAAAUGAAUACAACAGCUCUUUUAGAUCUGAUUUAAGCAAAUUUUUUAUCUUGAUAUUUAAUUUGUCUUAAUAUUUUAAUGUUUUAUAUUUUUUUAUAUUAACUAUUAAUGGUGCCCUAUACUAUAUAUUAAAAAAAUGUUUUGUCAGUGAAUUCUUUCAAAUAAAGAAGACUUUCACAUACACAGUU